AUGAACGUUCAAGAUAGGAGGAGAAUAUUGGGUCCAAGUGCAGCUAAACCACUUGCAUUUGCUAAACCAGUGUCAGAGACAGAGGUGGCAGGAACGCCGCAAGAAACACCUUCAAUUAAGACAGGUAUAAUAUCGAACUGUAAUGGAUCCAGUAUAGUGGAAAAUUCAAAGACUUCCAUACUCUGUUCUGUUUAUGGACCAAAAGCGACACGUACGAGUACCUUUGAAGCACGCUGUGAAUUGAAUGUUAUAUUGAAGAGUGACUUAUUUGAGACGAACAAAUUAAAAGAAUUAAGCUACUUCUUAAUUAGUUUAUUAGAGAGUUUCAUCUGUUUAGAUCUUUAUCCUAAGGCAGGUAUUGACAUUUUCAUUAACUUGAAUAUAGAGGAAGUGAAUGAGUUGAGUUGGUAUAUUCCAUACAUUGUGUCGAGUAUCGUUUUAGGAUUGAUUGAUGCUGAAGUUGAAAUUUCGAAUAUAGUGUCGUGUGGAUACCAUGAGGGAAAUGUAAUCUGUUUUGAUGAUAGGAAGAUCAUUGGUAUUUGGAAAGAUCAAGGUAUUUUCGAAGAAUCUAAAUUCAAUGCAAUCUUGGUAAAAUGUGAAGAAAAAUCUUUAGAGAAUAAAUUACAGAUUAUAAAUUAUUUAGGUAGUAAAUGA